AUGGUUGCUGUCAAGAAUAUCUGUUGUGUUGGUGCUGGUUAUGUUGGUGGUCCCACCUGUGCUGUCAUUGCCUACAAGUGUCACCACAUCAAGGUGACCAUCGUGGAUUUGAACCAAGCCCGUAUUGAUGCAUGGAACUCUGACAAGCUUCCUAUUUAUGAACCUGGUCUGGAAGAAGUUGUCUUUGAUCGUCGUGACAAGAAUUUGUUCUUCACUACUGAUGUGGAUGCUGCUAUUCAAGAAGCUGACUUGAUCUUUGUCUCUGUCAACACACCUACCAAGAAGACUGGUUUGGGUGCUGGUAUGGCUGCUGAUCUUGCUUACAUUGAAGGUGCUACUCGCCGUAUUGCUGAAGUCGCCAAGAGUUCCAAGAUUGUGGUCGAAAAGUCCACUGUGCCUUGUCGUACUGCUGAAAGCAUGCGUACUAUCCUUGAAGCCAACUCUACUGGUGAUGUUCGCUUUGACAUCUUGUCUAACCCUGAAUUCUUGGCAGAAGGUACUGCUAUCAACGAUCUCCUCAAUCCUGACCGUGUCUUGAUCGGUGCUCUUCAAACCCCUGAAGGUCUUGCUGCUCAGCAAGCUUUGGCUGAAGUUUACCAAAACUGGGUUCCCAAAGAACGUGUCAUCACAACCAACCUUUGGUCUUCCGAACUUUCAAAAUUGGCUGCUAAUGCCAUGCUUGCUCAACGUAUUUCUUCUAUCAACGCUCUUUCUGCUAUCUGUGAAGCCACAGGUGCUGAUGUAGAUGAAGUUGCUUAUGCCUGUGGUCGCGAUACUCGUUUAGGUUCAAGAUUCUUAAAGGCCUCUGUUGGUUUUGGUGGUUCUUGUUUCCAAAAAGAUAUUCUCAACUUGGUCUAUCUCUCUACACAACUCAACUUGCCUGAAGUUGCUGAAUACUGGAAACAAGUCUAUACCUUGAACGAAUAUCAAAAGAAGCGUUUUGUCAAGAAGAUCAUCUCUACCCUCUUCAACACCAUCACCAACAAGCGUAUUGCUGUCCUUGGUUUUGCUUUCAAGAAAGACACUGGUGAUACCCGUGAAUCUGCUGCUAUCACUUUGAUUAAGGACUUUAUACAAGAAAAUGCUCAUGUUGCUAUCUAUGAUCCCAAGGUUGAACAUGAACAAAUCUACAUGGACUUGACUGAACCUGGUGUGGUUGAUACCCGCAAGCAAGUCGAAAAGAGCAUUACUAUCUGUUCCAGUGCUUAUGAAGCUGCCAAGGAUGCUGAUGCUGUUGUUAUUGUGACUGAAUGGGAUGAAUUCAAGGCUGAACACCUUGAUUACCAAAAGAUUUAUGAUAACAUGCAUAAGCCUGCUUUCUUAUUUGAUGGUCGUUUGUUAUUGGAUGCUACUGAAAUGCGCAAGAUUGGUUUCAAGGUUCAUAUCAUUGGUAAGAAUGAACUUGCUGGUACUGCUUAA